UCUUCGUCCAUAUGCACGCUUUCUAGUAUUAUAUAACUGUUUCAGCUUCUCUUACUACUCUUUCACCACUUCAAAGGAAUACAACAAUAGGGAAGAAGAAAGAAAUUAAGCAAGAUGAUUAUGUUGAGGUCAAUGAGGUUCAGCCGAAGCGGCUCCAAGCUUAGAAAUGGGAACAAAGCAACAACACCCACAGAAAAUGAUUGUAGGAGCAUUUGUGAAAUCCAAUGGGAACUUAGGCCUGGCGGCAUGCUUGUUCAGAAAAGGGAGAGUAACCUAAGUUCAGGGGAGGGAUUGAUCACAAUUACGGUGUCAACUGUCUCUCACUCACACCAAAUUUCUAUUGAGUCCACAUCAACUUUUGGAGAAUUGAAAAUUAUCCUGUCAUUGGUGACAAGUUUUGAGCCCCGAGAGCAAAGGCUUCUCUUCAAGGGUAAAGAGAGAGGAGACGAUGAAUAUCUACAUAUGGUUGGAGUGAGAGACAAGGACAAGGUUCUUCUAUUGGAGGAUCCAGCUAUAAAGGAGAAGAAAAUGCUUGGGUUAAGAGACCGACCCAUUAGCAAUCCAAGUCGUACCAUCUCUGUGUGAUUAAUUAAUUAACCAAACUCGUUAAUAUCAAUUAGUGUUUUGAUAAAGUUUAAUCUAGCGAGGCACGCGUGUUUUUCGCACUUUUACGUUAGAGUGUAAGAACCUAAUUAUGUUAUGUGUUUUUUGGUGUCAUGGCUUCAUUAAAAAUGUUUUAGCUGAUGAAAUGCCUAGUCAUUAUGCGUAGUUUUGUGAAUGAUUUCUUCUCU